UUGCGAUCCGGCCGCCGCCGCCGCUCCUCCGAGCUGGAUCUCCCUUUCUCGUCUUGCAAGGGAUAUAAGAGCGGCCGUCUCUUCUUUGUCUUUCCCGGCUGCCCUGGGCGUUGGGCGGCACCAGCUGGGGGCCUCCCCCCCUGAAGCCCCGAGGACGGACCCCGCGGCUGCCCUGGGGUGCAUAUAAGCGGGAGCUUCCAGAUAUUUUUCCUGCAAAGACAACCAGCUACUUCAGAAGAAAAUGGCCCAGGCACAUUCUGCACAGAUCCAGCAGGAUCUCUUAGGCUCUGAUCAAGAAAGACUCUACAGAGAAGUGAUGAAAGAGAGUUAUAACACCAUCUUCAGAGCUUCUCCUCUUCAGCUUCAAAAAUCUGAACUCCUGGCGCAUCUGAAACGAGGACAGGAAGGUCUUCAGAGCUCCAGCAAUGGUGCUGAUCAAAAACUGGUUAAAGAAGCCCUGAAGAAAUGGCCAGAAUCAGGAAACUGGUGGAAUUCCUACCGGAGUCCCGUGAGCGUGCCCACUUCAGAUUCAUCGAGUUCAGACGACGACGUUGCAAGCGAGAAGGAAGAGGAGGAGAGCAUUCCAUGGGAGAAUCAGCGGAUUGCGAAACCUCGUGCUGCUUUGCUAGGCCAAUGGGAGAAUGUCCAGCGGCAGGGGAAAGCUUGCAAGAUUCAGCACGGCUGCCUGCAGGACUCUCGCCCCAGAGUUAAUUGUGCUGGCGGAAAAAAGAAAGGCAGCAAUAGCCAGCAAGGCAUGAAUACCGAAGAGAGCCAGAACGAAUGCACCGUGUGUGGGAAAAGCUUUGGCAGGAGAUCGUCCCUCCUCAGACAUUUCAAAGUCCACAGCGGAGACAAGCCUUUUCGAUGCUCCGUCUGUGGCAAGUGCUUCCUUGCGAAAACCAGCCUGGUUUUACAUAAAGAGAGCAUGCAUAAAAAACGGCCCCGUUCAGGAAAGAAAAGCUGGGAGUGUCGUGAGUGCGGGCAAAACUUCGCCCGGAAAGCCUUUCUGACGGAGCAUCACAAGAUGCACAGCAGUGAAAAGACGCACCCGUGCCCUGCCUGUGAGGAAAGCUUCGCAGAAACCAGGAACCUUGUGAAGCAUCUUAUGACCGCUCACUCGGGGGACCAUGUCUUUAAGUGCCCUGUCUGUGGAAAAGGCUUUAUGAAGGAGAAGGACCUCGCGAAGCACCAAGCAAAGAACCACGGCAGCAGCUUUUGCUUUCCCAGUCUGGGCAGCGAAAACAGCUGCAAGGAAAAACCAUCCUCGAUCAAACACAAGAGACUUCAUCUGAACCCCGAAACUCUGCCUUGCGCAGCGUACGAAGGAAAUGGUGGGGUGGAACGUCCCCUUACCUGCGGUCACUGUGGGAAGUCUUACAAGCAGGAGAAGGCUUUCCUUAACCAUCAGAGUGUGUGCAUCAGGCCGCAACCAAGCGGCGAAGGAAAAGCCCUCAAGGAAGACAGCCCGCUCACUAAAAACCAGAUCACUUACGUGGAAAUGAAAGAUAACACUUGCUUCGACUGCGGGAAGCCUGUUUGCAAAAGUUCGCUGCUGGCCUCUCAGCCCAAAGCGGACCAGGAAAAGAAGCUUCAGGUGUGCCCUGAAUGUGGGGAAAGCUUUAGAGACAGCCAAGGUUUUGCCGACCACCUGAGAAGCCACCCAAAGGCGCCGUCUUCUCAAAACGUCUCGGAUUGGGAGGGCCUUGGGGAAAAAACGCCGCCCGUUGUCCAGCCGGUAAUGCUGGAGAAGAAAAGCCGCUACGAGUGCCGAGGCUGCAGGCGAGACUACUCGACUCAUUAUAACCUCAGGAGGCACCAGCGAAUCCACGUGGAAUGCCGGGUCAGGAGGAACUCCCGCAAGGGGAAGGAUGCCGCCCACAGCUGGUUCUUCAUGGACUUCCCGAAAGCCCGUAGCAGAGAACAGACCCUUCAGCACAAAUGCACCUUCUGUGGGAAAGCCUUCAAAACGAAAAGCACCCUUGGCCGACACCACCAAAUCCACAUCAAAGGCAAGCCUUACAAAUGCACCAUCUGCGGGAAAGCCUUCGUCUACCGGUACACCCUCGCUCAUCAUCAAGAAAUCCACCUGGAAGACCAGCUCUACCAGCACAAGUGCUCUUUCUGCACGAAAGCCUUCAGGACGCCAUCGGCCCUCCGCCGACAUCAGCAACUGCACAAGGAAGGCAAGCCGUACAUCUGCAACAUCUGCGGGAAAGCUUUUGCCUACAGGUACAACCUCACCCACCAUCGGGAAAUACACGUCGAAGGGCAGAUUUACAAGUGCUCUUUCUGCUGGAAAGCCUUCCGAACCAGUUACUCCCUCAGCCGGCACAAGCGCAUCCACACCGAGACCAGGUCCUAUCAAUGCCCUACUUGCAGGAAAGCCUUUGGAACAAAAUAUUCCCUUUGGCGGCAUCAGGAGAUGCACGUGAAAGAGGAUCCGGAUAGCUUGCUUGGCGGGAAUGAGACCGGGGAUGACUUAGUCAAAGAUCAAGCGAGUGGUAGCGACGACAGCGUGGACAAACAGGUGGCCCAUUCGGUCCACGCUCAGCGCCAGGAGGUCCUCCAGGAACGAAAACCUCCGGAAGGCUCUGAGAAUACGAGCUGCUCGCUCCUCCCCGAUCAUCAAAGCAGCCGUGUAGAAGAAAGUGCUAUUAAACAGUCAGACAGUCAGACUUUCAGGAGUGUUGGAUUGGGGGUUAAAGGUCAAGACAGGCCUAUAAAAGUAGAGCCCCAGCAGUGGACCAAUGGUUCGGCGUACCCAGGACAGGGAAUCCAAACGGAGGAAGGUCCCCUGGGGUCCCCUGAAAAUGGGGACACCUCCUUAGGCCACUCGGGAAACCGUGCCAUUAAAGACCCAGCUGAUUGGUGUUUCCUGGGUAAAUUGCCCGGGGUUGGUCCACAAGGGAUGGUGGUCCCGCAGGAAAAGAAAUAUAGCUGCCCUAAUUGUGGGAAGUCCUUUAGAGAUAAAUAUUCCCUGACAAGACAUCAGAAAGUCCACUUUCCCGAGAGGCCCUAUCCGUGUCCAAGGUGUGAGAAAAGUUUCCGCACUACUAAAGACCUGGAGAAACAUCAGGUGACCCAUUCGGAUCAGAGGCCUCACCAGUGUGGCGAAUGUGGGAAAUACUUUAAGACGAAAUGCUCGCUCGAUAAGCAUCAGAAGACCCACAAAGGGGAAAAGCCAUUCUGUUGCUCUUAUUGCGGCCGAAGGGUGACCACCAGCACCAUCCUUCGGUACCAUCAGAGAACCCACACCGGGGAGAGGCCGUAUAAAUGUGCCGUGUGCGAUAAAAGUUACGUCAGCAAGUGGUCCCUUAAAAAACAUUUGGAGUUGCAUUACAAAAAGAAUCCGACAAAGGACCUUCAGGAAGCAAAUCCUCUCGACCAGAAAUGUUAAGGUGUCUUUGUCACUUGUGGGUGAAGAAAACGGGGACAAGGGUUUUGGAGGUCUUUUGGAACAGGUCUGGGUUGAAACAUCCACCUUUAAGAUUCCCAGGUUCUUUCUAUACCCAGUGACUAUAGCUACCUCAGAAACAGAUUUUUGAAUGUACUCUGCCUUUCCAAUCUCGAAUCAUUCAGAUAACUUCACUCCAAAAAUGAACAUCCAUGCCACAAAGAGCCUGUAAUAAAGAGGCUCCGUUUAUUUUGAACGAGUGGACUUGGCUGAGAACUUGGAUGCUGGAAAAAGUGAUAAAGAGCAUCCAUGGUCCUACAGUUUGGAGUGAUGGCAACGAUAAAUGCGAGCUGUCUUACGUUUCUUAACAUUGUUUUCACAUUGUAAAAAGCAGAUAACUUUGUGUUGAAAUAAUUUCUCUUCUGCAGUGUACGUAUAUAAAGAAAGAAAAAAAAAGACACAGGACAAUUAUUUUAAGAAGUGUGGGUGAGAAGGUUAUAUAGUCUUGUUUUUCAUAAUGAAAAUACUACUGGUUUGUGCAGUGAAUGAAAAACGGAUGAAAUACAUGUUGUUUUUCCAAUGCACUUUGCAUCGCCAAGAAGACAUUCAAGGGUCAAAUGUAUUCUAAAUCUUCCAAAUAUUAGGAAUUCGCGUUUUGGGAUCUGUAGUCAAUAAUACAAAACAGUUUUCUGUACGUUUUAGAACAUGUUUUAAAUUGAAAGCCAUUGUUUUGCCGUUGGUAAAAGUAAUUCAGAAGUUCAUUGACACCCUCUGUCUCUUGCCUCCUAGUACCACUGCCACGUUACACUGUAUAGGGAAGAAGGAAUCUCAAGUUUUUGGAGCUGCAAGGAAGAUGCAGGCCUUGAGAUCUGUUACUAUGCUUUCUUGGUUGCAAGUAGAAGUUUUGCAGACAAACAUGAAAAGUUAACUUCCUUGGACGAUGUCCCUACCAUUAUCAGUUAUGCUUGCUUGAGGUGAUAGGAGCUGUGAAGAUUUGAAGCCCCAAGAAGUGGGAAGUCACAGUGUUAUACCAAAUACCGAAAUGCAAAAAGCAGAAUUCUCUUAUUAAUUUUUUUUUUUAAAUAAAGUGGAAAAUCCCAGUGGUAACGGUGAAUAAGAAAUGCUGAGUAUAAAGUCAGAAAAGUUUGGAUUUUUUUUUUAAAAUAAUAUGUAAGGACCCUAAAAUAAUAGAUUGUAUGAAGUCUGUUUAAAUGAAAACUUUGUCAGUCGGGAAUCUUGCAUGGACGUUUUAUU